AUGGCCAGCUACCAAGGUCCGACGACAAGCAAGUCGCGGACGAAGGUCAAGCCCAUCCUGAGGAAGUUGACGCAGAGCGAGAAGAACUCCCUCGACCUGGACCGGCCAGCGGCGGAGCAGGAUGGCCUGGGCAUCUACGACUAUGGGACCGGCUCCCGGUCUUCGCACGACAUCAAUUUCAUCACCGGCAUGGGAAUAGGGCGGAGAGGAUACCACAAUCGCAGCACCAGCGGGACGUCGCAAUUCUCGACCGCAACGACUGGCAGCGGGCAUCGAACUGGGAGUUUCGUACACCCGUUCCAGCAAACACCGCGGCCGUACACGCCUCCGCUCGCAGCCUCGUCAUACCAGAAUUCACUGCGCGAAAGCGAGCACUCGCACUCGAACUCGCCUGUCCUGACUGAGGACGACGACCCCACCAACGCCCUCCAAAACUUCCGCUCUACCUCGAACCUCUCGAACCACCGCAACCCUUCAUUGACCGGCGGAUCAUCUACACCUGUGGUCGCGCAGCCGCUGCGUAUCCCAACCAAGCAACCCUCAUCCUCCCGCCUUGCUCUCGCGACGUCACACACAAGUCUUCACAACCAGGACCUCACCUCUCCUACCGACACGCCCGCCAUGUCCCCCUCGUCCGCAAUCCGCACCAGCAUGGACAAGGGCUUCCGGAUCCGUUCGCGCAGCGAAGUCGACUCGCGCUCGCGCUCAGAGACCAUCCAAGAGGCGCGCCGCAAGUUCCAGGAGAAGGAGCUUGCGAAGGAGGAGAAGGCCGCGCGGGAGGAGAUCAAGGCGUUGGAGAAGCGGAACCAGAAGGAAGCAAGACAGAUCGAGAGAGGACAUAGGCGCAGCAGCGCAAGUGAUGCUACCCGGAGCAAGAGAAGCAAGAGUGAUCUCACUAUGACAGAGAAGGGGGAGAGUUUGGUGGGCAGGGAGUAUGAUAGUGUGACGGUGCAGACGCCACCAGUGUUCACCAAUGGGUUUGCGGGUGAGGAGGGCGUGCAGAGACGCGAGGGUGCCCUGAAGGAGACAAAAAAGAAGACGCAUAGUGCUUGGACUAAGUUGAUGAUGUGGUUGAGGACGAGAUUCAUUCGUAUGGGCAGGAAGAGAGAUCGGUCUUGA